AUGUCUGGUAUAUUAGUUACAGACUUGCCAAAGACCUUUCGAGAUGCGGUACUAGUGUCCAGAUAUCUUGGUAUACCAUACCUUUGGAUCGAUAGUCUUUGCAUAAUUCAGGGUGACACCGAAGACUGGGCGCAUGAGUCAUCUCGAAUGUUGAACGUGUACUCUGAUGCCUACGUGGUUAUAGCGGCGAACCAUGCUAGUGAUUCGGCCGGGGGUUGUUUCCACAUUCGUCCGGCUCGCAUCAGUGCCAGCUUGACACUUCCAGGUAUCGGUCAUGUUCACGCACAGCUUUGUGCGAAUAGCGACGAGAUUCUGUAUGCUAAUGCUGAGUUUUCUGAUGAGCCUCUUACGAAGCGUGCGUGGGCACUGCAGGAGCGAUUGUUGGCCGCACGUGUGAUUCACUACAACUCUGGACAGAUGUAUUUCGAAUGUCGGCACGGCAUGCGAAGCGAGGAUGGGUGCAAAACUGACAAGCCUUACUGUGACUUGAGUCAUGUUAUGCAGAAUCGGUCAUCCGCUCGGAAAGCACUCGAGACUUGGUCGUCGAUAAUCUGGAAAUACAGCGAUCGAGAUCUGACCAACCCUGCCGAUAAAUUCCCCGCCUUGAGUGGUAUCGCAAACCUUUUAGGUGGUCUACUCAAAGAUGAGUAUGUGGCAGGGCUGUGGUCAAGCGUGAUGGUCCAAGAACUGGCUUGGCACGGCCUGUGGAGACAGAAUCCUCAACCUAUCAACGAAUACGUCGGCCCAAGCUGGAGCUGGGCAAGCUUUCAAGGCACCGUAGUGCUCAAUAAAAAGCUAAACUGGAGAUCAAUCGCUAUAGUUGAGGACUGGCAGAUUGAAUUGACGAACCCUGACGAUCACUACGGGCAAGUCAAGAGUGCAUCGGUGCACAUGCGGGGGCCACUAACACAGCUGACGAAAAGUAUGAUACCAGGCGGAGAUCAUGCUGAAAGACUCGAACGAGCGGGAGUAAGGCCACACCCGAAUUUCUGCACAAAGUAUAGUGGUGAGGUUAGUGACACACGUCUGGUGUUGGACAAACAAGACCUAAAUUCCUCUGAUCAAUGGCAGGGCAUGGAUAUCAAAAUGCUGCUUCUGGGUGGUUACGGGCAGGCAUCGCCUGUUCCCCCAUGUGAGGCCGAGCGAAAAGAAGCAGAAUCGAAGCAAGAUAAGAGCGACGGGAACUUCAAAUUUAAGGAGGGAUUUGGCCUAGUAGUAACUCUGAUAAAUGUAAAUGGCGUUAUAUACAUGAAGAGAAUAGGAUGGACGCCUUUGCAUAGCAAUCUGGUAGAAAAACUAAAAGAGACUACAGAGGACUGGGAUACUAUAACUAUCAUAUAG